AUGGAGUUAGAUUUUAGUUUAUUUUUUACCAACACAUCUGUAGAGGAGCGUUUAGCAGAAAGUGCAGCGAAAAUAGCAUUUUACAACUUCGAGUGGAGAUUCAUAACGUUUGUGUUUUUAAAUACAACACUACUGUGCAGAGAAGAAGUCUUUGCUAAGUUUUAUAACAAGAGCAUGAUUGUAAGUCAGAGUGAAUAUGACACGCUCAGUGCCCAAUCUGCAAAGCAACAUGUGUUAUUUGUCACAGACAAUAAAAAUAUUGAAUUGAUUUUACAUUGGAUGCAGGAACGCGUAUUCGAUAACACCGGUAAACAUGUUAUCAUUUGUCUUUCGGAGAACAAAGAGGAUUGCAGCGAAUCUCAAGCUAUGCGCAUAUUUUGGAAUUAUAAAGUGACUAACGUUGUUUUUAUUCGGAGAGUCUUCAACGAAACGGGAAUUGUCGGUUACACGUACUAUCCGUUGGAAGACAAUCUUUGUGAUAUCAGUCCUCCGGUAAGAUUAUACAAUUUGGACACUUGUAUUGACGUUACUAGUAAAGAUAACUGCAAAAUGUUCCCACGAAAGCUAACCAAUCUUCAUGGAUGUACAUUGAUAGUGUCUACAUUUGAACAUCCGCCAUAUGUGUACUUGUACAAAAAUGAAUCAAUGUCAGGUAUAGUUGGAGAUAUGACGUGGCUUUUAGGAGAAAGACUAAACGCUACCUUCAAAAUAAUGACGCCUUAUAAAUCAAAUGGGUGGGGAGUGCGCCAACCUGACGGUUCUUGGGUUGGUUCCCUUGGAGACGUCUACCAUGAUUUAGCGAAUUUUUCUUCGUGUUUUACCGCACUUACGCACAACCGAUUUGAGAGUUUCGACAUGUCCACUUCGUACAAUUUCGUGCACUUUGUGUGGAUAACACGCCCUACUCAAUUCGAAUCGUCGUCGCUAAAGCUGCUGCGUCCGUUUCGUAUGGACACUCAUAUAGCUGUAGCUACAACGUAUACUCUUGUUAUUGGAUUAGCGCUCCUUACAAAAACAAAGUUUUGGACUGAAUUUAGUACUAAAAUUAACAUUAAUCGCUCGCAAAGCAGUGUGGUGUUUUACUCCUGGAUGCUAUUCCUGGGUUUACCAACAAAUGUAUUACCUAAAAAACGUACCCUAUUGGUCAUCGUGUACAUUUGGAUCUGGUAUACUUUUCUAAUCAGAACAAUUUACCAAGCGGCCUUGAUAAAUUCUCUGAAACAUAACGUGUAUCUCCCCAACUACGAUACGGUGGAAGCGGCGAACGAUGCAGGCUUUCGGUUCGGCGGAGGCGUUGCAAUUAAAGAAUAUUAUACAGACUCUCCUACUAUAUACAAUAAAUGGAUUGUUUUGGACGCAAAUAUGAUCGAUAUCACCACUGAAAAAAUUACAGAAGGAUACAAAUUUGUAGAAGCAAAUAAUUUUGAAAGUGUGAAAUUGUUCCGUCAGAAGUUCAAAAAUCGUAAGCUUCAUAUUCUACCUCAUUUCAUAGUUGUGAGUCCUACGGUGGUGUAUUUUAAGAAGUUUUCACCUCUCGUUGAACCUGUCAACCGUGUUCUAGAACGGCUAACAGAAGCUGGUUUCACGAAUAAAUUUUACAACGACUACACAAACCUUCCUACUAGCGAGGACCCUAAAACAAAUGAACCUAUAACUUUGGAACAUUUUAAAGGGUGUUAUAUUAUCCUUUUCACAGGAUGGAUCGUAUCAUUUGUGCUUUUUAUAUGUGAAAUUAUUUUUGGCCAUUGGAUGAAAAUAAAUUAG